AUGUUUGCCGGUGGCGGAGCUUCCUCUUCAGCGACAGCAGCAACCGCAGGUUACGAUGGCGGGGGUGGCCGUCAGGUGGAUGAGGGGAAGGGGAGGCAGGAGGAGAGACCCGCGGCCGCCGGCGGUCCGAGUGGAGGGGAAUCUGAACUUCAGGAUCCCAUCAUGUUCUAUGUUUGUUCAGGAGGUUCACUUGACCAUGCAGACUUUUGGAUUCCUCUAAGUAAGUACUGUAUAGAGUACAUGAUUCAACUGAGUAAAAAUACCAGCACUGUGAUCAUCAGAGUUCCCAUGUUUGAGGAAGCAUUUGGUGUUGCUGUGCAAAGUGUUGCUGCAGUGGAGGUUCAAGCAGCUUUGCGGGUCCCCGAAAUGAGCAACUUGUCAGGCAACGCGACGCCUUGGUUCGUGUCGGAGUGCACCCUCCGGCUGGACGCCGAGUGGCGGCGCAUCUGCCUCUUCCUGCUCUACCUCUUCGUGUUCUCGGCCGGGCUGCUGGAGAACCUGCUGGUGCUGUGGGUCAACUGGCGACGGCGGCGCUCGGCCAGCGGCGUCCUCUUCUGCGUGCUCAACGUCAGCCUGUCCGACCUGAUGGUGAUGGGCGUUCUGCCCUUCUUCAUGCUGGAGGUGACGGUGGAGCGCGUGUGGCUGUGGGGGCGCUUCCUCUGCAAGCUGAGCAGCCUGGUCUAUGGCGUCAACUUCUACAGCAGCUCUUUCUUCCUGGCCGCCGCCACGCUGGAACGCUACCUUGCGCUGUCGUCCCGACCCGCGCUCUUCCGAGGCCGGCGCCGCUGGGCCCUCUGCGCCGGCCUCUGGCUCUCCUCGCUCUUGCUGGCCCUUGUGGAGAACAUCCACGUGGAUCUGUUGGAGUGGGACGAGCCGGGCUGCUACAUGCUCCCCGAGGGCAACUACGUGGAGUGGUUCGUCUCGGUGGCCUUCCUCUGCCUCAUCUUUCAGUUCCUGGGGCCCGCAUCGAUCAUCGUGGUCUGCAACACGCUGAUGGCCCGCGCCUUGCGGACGGCAGCGCCGCAGGAGCAGCGUCGUGACCGGCGGGACGUCUUGCUUCUGCACGUUUACUCGUUGGUCUUCCUGGCCUGCUGGCUGCCCUACCACCUGAUCAUGACCCUAAUGAUCAUUGCCGACCUGGCGCCCCACGUCUUCAGCUGCAACGUAGUGGAGUUUGUUUACUUCUCCUUCAGCGUGGUGCAGAGCUUCUCCCUCUUUCACUGCGUGGCCAAUCCCAUCCUCUACAACUUCCUCAGUAAGAGCUUCCGCGACAACCUGGUCAACGCCCUGGUCAGCCAUCUGCCCGUCGCUGGGGCCGGUGCCGGGGAGGCAGCCCUGCCCCAGCGUAAGUUGAGUAACGGCAGCACCGUGCAGUCCGACGCCGGGCAGUGA